UAUAAAUUUGUUACAUAUUAAGGUAUUAGUUAUAAUAGAACGAUCUGUCUGCGUUUUAACGGGAUAUCGAUCUUCUCUUUAAUUGAGAUAUGAUUGAUAAUAUAGGCAAUAAUUCAGGAGGAUAUGAGAAGUACAACUUUGCAGGAGCUACUAGUGCUUCAAAUGAGGAAGGUAUUGUUAAGGAGCAAGAUAGAUUGCUUCCCAUAGCUAAUGUGGGGAGGAUCAUGAAGCAAAUUCUUCCUCCAAAUGCAAAAAUCUCGAAAGAAGCUAAAGAAACAAUGCAAGAAUGUGUAUCUGAAUUCAUAAGCUUUGUGACAGGUGAAGCAUCAGAUAAAUGUCAUAAAGAGAAGCGAAAGACUGUUAAUGGAGAUGACAUUUGUUGGGCUCUUGCUACUCUAGGGUUUGACGACUAUGCUGAGCCAUUGAAAAGGUAUUUAUAUAGAUAUAGAGAGCAAGAAGGAGAGAGAGCUGGCCAUAAGUCAAGCAACAGUGAAGAAAAGCAAGAUUCAAUGGUGGAUUAUAAUGGCGAGCAGUCAAGGAAAUUUACUGCUCCUAUUCAAUUGAAGUUUCCAGAAGUGUUUGACAGAAGUGAAAACAGUUCUGUCUGCAGGCGAUUUUGAAGGUCUGUCCACAUUGUGAGGUCAGGAUUUUCUUUGAAAGCUCUAAAGGUGAUCCGGCGGCCACAUGGAGUUAAUUUCAGUGGAUAGCUCUACUUGUCGUUCAAAACAGCAUUCAGAGAUCUCGAUCUUGUUUGCCAUUAUUUUAAAGCUUGUGUAGAUGGGUUUUGGAUUAUUUUUUUCAGUUCCCAGAAGUCAGGAUCAUUCAAUAUGAGGUUAACAAUUUUCAUAUGCAGUGGGUUCUUUAACAAAUACAUCGACAAGAGCUUGGCCUUGUCUAGGGUUAUCUCGUUUUUAGUUAUUCCUUGGAUUAUUGAUUGUCUGUGUUAUAUAUAGCAGAAGAGAAUUUAGAUCUA